UCAAUGAGGAUCCAUUGGAUUACUACUGCACAAAAAAAGGCAUGAAAAAUCCUAAAGGAAUGCUUGCAAACAAAUUUCAUAAUUAUCGAGGAAAAAGUCGUUCAAUAAAUCGUUUGUUUGCGGACCACAAUAAUAAAAAAAAGAAAAUCGAUGAUUUGCCGGUGGAACCAAAUACUUUUGAACAAGAAAAGCUGCUUCUAAAAAUGAAGCACGAUCAUCAUACAAUGAACGCUCAGGAAAAAAGUGAUGCAUGGGCAAAAACUUUCAAUAUUCGCCAAUUAGAUCUCAAAAAGGCUAACGAUAAGACAAUUAAAUGGGAAAAAUUCUAUGAAAAAUGGCACUUCAUGAACUUUCCGAAUGGCUAUGAAUAUAUCGAAUCGGACUUCAACAGAAUGUUUGCAAAUAAAGAUGAUGUUCUGGUGGGUACCAAAAUAGCCCAUUUUUGCAAUUUAAUGCUGCAAUACGCGUUCCCAAAAUUAAUAACCAACAUCGAGUUAAAAAAUAUGUUGCACGAUUUCAAUCAACAAUGUCAAGCAGAUGUGUGCGAAGUCACUCAGAGUAACUAUAAUUAACAUUAGCUAUAUAUAUUACAAACGGAGCCUUAUUGCCAAAUAAUCUUCUUUUUUUUAAGUUUUUUGACUAUGCCACUUACGAUUAUAUGGCGAUAAGGCCCAGAUAUAUAUAACAGGUUCUUAUUUUUUUAAUUAUUGUAAAACGUAGAAUUGUUGAGCAAUUUAAACGCUAAACAAUUCCUUAGUUUUGUAUUUUGUUCAAACAUUUGAAUAAAUCUUAAAUUCAUUAUUAACAAAACUCAAAAAUAAUUAAUUUUUCUAUUUCCUUCAAAAAAUAUUUUCUUUUUUUUUCAAAUAUAAAAGGAAAUAUGUAAGCAGUUAACAAGUUGGUUUUUUUCUAGGUCUUUUGAGCAUCGUCCUUUGCCUUUGGGGCAUCAUCUUCUAAUUCUUGAGUUGUGUCUUUAUGAUUGAAUAAACCAAGCACACAAAUUGAAUGCUUGGUUUACUUCAUUGAAAUUUGAAGCUUUGUUUUAAAAUAUCUGUUUAUGUUUCAGUUAACAUCUUGAGGACCUAAUAAACAGAAAAAGAAAACAAAAAAUCUAUUAAAAAAAAAAAAUAAUUUAACUGGUCAUGAUUUUGAUUAAAACAUUAUUAUUAGCUACUUUGAAAAAUUAUUAUUCUUUUCAUAAAUUUGACAAUUUUUCAUUUCAUACAGCAUAAAACAUAAAUCAAAAUUACCUAUUUUCUAAUAACAAAAUUCUCAAUUCUUGAACAGAUACUAUGAUUGCGAUGGUGUUCAUGCACUUGCACUAUCUACUGCCACCAACUGCACGUGAUAACAAUAAGCGCUACACUGUGAAAGAUAGUCAAGAAGCGUCGAUAAGAUUGUUUGCGCUCCCUCAAGAUUACAAGGAAUAUCAAAAUGCUUUAGCUGCAAACAGUUCAAAUUCACAGCCACCGGUAAUAUCAAUUAUUGGUUCAUUGACGAAAAUUGAAGAAGUUCACGUAGAUUUCGACAACACACAUUUUAAGAUGUUAACUAUUGAACGUGCCAUUGAUAUUUGCCUGAAAACAUUUUUCACCUUUAACAUGGCGUAUCCGAAGCCAUGUGAAAACUUUUGGCAGUUCAUAGAUAUUUAUUUCUACCAAAUCGAAAAAUCAGCCACAAAUGCCAAAGCACGCAGCCUUUUGCGAUUCCUCAACUCAACUGAAUGUCAAAAUUCGUAAGAUGUCAGAGUGAGAUAACUUUUAUUAUUCUAUAACUUCUAUUAUUCUGUAAAUAUUGUAUCUAAGCUAACAUAUUUUAUGUUAUUUAAU